CUUUUACUCCCAACACAAGUACUCUUUUCCUUGUCUCUCUUUCUAUCUUCUCUCUGAUCGGCUUACUUGGAGGUAGCGGCACGGCGGCCAAGGUUGAAAUGGCGAGGAAGGAAGCUGAGCUGGAAUUGGGUUUGGGGUUGAGUCUCGGCGGCGGCUCGGCAAAGGACUACAGCCGGAUAUUGACUGCAGAGGAUUUUCCCAAUGGGUUUACAUCUGGUGCAGUUGGUGCAGGGACUAAACGGGAAAGAUCAGAUGGCGUUGACGACGGGUCUACUGCUGCUGCUGUCAGUCAUGUUGUGGGAUGGCCACCCAUAAGGUCAUACAGGAUGAGUACAUUGUGCAACCAAUCAAAAGACAAAGGAGGAGUUGGCGGGAACGAAAACAAUAAAGUGAAUAAGCAGGGUGCAAAUGUUAAUAAGGAAAUUUGUAGGUUUGUGAAGGUUAAUAUGGAUGGCUUGCCUAUUGGAAGAAAACUCGAUUUGAAUGCCCACAGCACCUAUCAAUCUCUAGCUAAGAUGUUGCUCCACAUGUUCUUCGAGACCCCCCUUAUGAACCAAGAAGCAAUAUUGCAACCCCCGAAGCUUUUGGAUGGAUCGUCUGAGUUUGUUCUCACAUAUGAAGAUAAAGAAGGAGAUUGGAUGCUGGUAGGUGAUGUUCCUUGGAGGAUGUUCCUCUGCACAGUUAAACGGCUCAGAAUCAUGCGAACUUCUGAAGCUAAUGGACUUGCUCCCAAGUUCCAAGAAAGGGAUGAGACAAGCACAAGAGGAAACUGAUAUAGAAAACUAAGAGGAACUUCAACUGCUAUUAUGAAAACGAAAACAAGAAUGAUACAGAUGUUCAAUUAUUUUGUUUUCUCGCCCGUGUAUCUUUUACUCUCUC